UCUUAUAACCACGAAGACGGCGUCGUUUUCAGGCAGAUAAAUUUUCUGCUAAACUAAUCACUCUAAUCUUCCUCUUUUCCAUUUAUACCUUUCUUCAACUGCCGGUGUUUAACAACAAUGGCAGAGCUAUCAAUAGAGAAGGUAGCCAUAUCAGGUCCAACGUUAGCCUCUCUAAUCCAAUGUAUUUCCUCCUCAUCAGCUGACGUCGACGGCCUCUUAUUCGGCCACGUCACGCAGUUAACUCCCUCAACUCUCUCCGACGACUCUUCCUCCUCCAUCCACGAUCCCUCCGAUCAACACCAACUCAUCGCCACCGUCACUUCUUUCCUCUGCCCUAACGCUCCUCUUUCCUUCUACGACUCACUCGGCCGACUCAACUCUCCCGCUCUCCUCCGCUUCCUCUCCUCAUCCUCCACCACCAACCACCGCCAUUUCAUCGGCUGGUUCUCCGGCCGACGCAAAACACCUCUCCGUCCAUCCUUACGAGAGUUUUCCGUAUCUCGCUCUCUCUCCUCCUCUCAAUUCCUUUUUCCUAUAACCACCUCCUCCGAACACGACGGAAACCUAAUUAAAGGCCUCCGCCCCUGCGUUUUUCUCUUGUUUUCUACACCUGUGCAUGAUCAACUAAUCCACACGCACGAGUACCGCGCGUAUCAGUUCCGUUCAGAAACGACCUCGUUUGAAUCCAAACCGAUUGAUAUUGUGAACAUUGGACCGGCGUUCCGAGGCAAUUACGGUAAUUUUAGCCCUAGUAAUUCGAUGUUUCCGAUGUUGAACUGCGAGAUGAGCGGUUUAUCGGCAAUGAAUGAGGAUAACAGUUUGAGUGAGAUGAAGAAGGUGGUGAAGGAUCAGAAGGAGUUGGAUUUGUGUGCUGAGGGUUUUGAGGUUAAGGAUUUGAGUAGGUUGAUUGGAUCGGAGGCGUCCGGUUAUACUUUAGGAUUAGAAAAUAUGUAUGAGAAAAUGUUGGUUAAGAUCGAGAGUUUGGCUAGACAAGUUGAGACUAGUAAUGCUAAUGUUCUUGAGCAGGAAAAUCAAAAUAGGAAGUUAAGAUACAAAGUUGCCCGAGGUGGACUAGAGUGACAGUUUGGCUCCUGCUUGUACUAUUAACUUUCCUUCGGCAGCCGAUGAGCCAUAUAUUUGAAGUCAAAUGUCUUGGAACUCCAAAUAAUCAAGAUUUUUAGCGGUGGUUUCUGCAGAAGUCAAAUUUCUUGAAACUCCUGCUGGUGAAAUCGCUGUGGCAGAUUCUAGGUUGCUUCGUAAGCGGCUUGGAGUGUCUCUUUUGGGAGUAAUAUGUGUACUUGCUAUGUGUAUAGUCAUUUGGUUGUGUACUCUUGAGAUUUGUUGGUGAACAGGGUGUAAAAUGUGGAGGCGAAUGGAAAAAGAAAAUGGAAUGAAAUUGGUGAAUUGGUGCUCUA